AUGUUUGCCGUCUGCCUCACGGUCUGGGAGCCGCUCGGUGGCGACCUCGUCCUCUACCCAGACGGCGUGGCAGAGCAAGGCGCCGCCGCCCCGUCCUUCGCGCCGCCGCAGCCGUGCAGCCCGCGCGAGGCGGCGGCGCGGAGCACGCCCAUCGGCACCGCCCUCGAGGCGAUCGACAGGCCGACGGCGUGCGCCGGCGCGCGGCCCGGCGGCCCGCGCCCGCCCGCCGUCUCGACGGCCGACGCGGCGGGCGCGGGCGGCUGCUGGUCCCGGAGACGGGACGGCGGCGCGCCGCCGCGGCUAGCGGUAGGUGCGUCGCCCGACGCGGCGCCGCCCAAGGCCGCGCUCGAGGCUGCGCCGACGCACGCCGGCGCGACCGGCGGGACCCGCGGCGGCGGCGGCGGCGGCGGCGGCGGCGGCGGCGGCGGCGGCGGCGGCGGCGGCGGCGGCGGCGGCGGCGGCGGGUGCGGGUCUGUGCGCGUGGCGGACGCCGCAGAGCACCAGAUCGACGCCGCACUACUCAGCGCGUUCGGGUCGGGAGGCGCUGUGCUGUGGAGGCCGUCGGAGGGCGGCGGCGGCGGCGGCGGCGGCGGCGGGGUCGCGCUUCCGCCCGCGGCGGGCAAGGCUGCCCCGGCGGCGGUGCGGUGCGGCUCUGCGCUCGGCGAGAAACAGCUGCACGCGCCGACUUGCUUGUGCGUCCUCUCCCCGGCGCCCUUCUUCCGCGCGCUGCGCAAGUGGGUCUGCAUGCUGUACCGCCACUCGCUCACUGCGAGCAGCGAGCCGGUCGAGGCGCUCGUGUCGUCCCUGCUGUGGGAGGCGCCCAUGCCCGCGCCGGGCCACAUCUCCGUCCAGCUCGGCCUCGGGGGCGAGCAGAUGACGUUCGAGCGGCCAGACCUCUCCCGCGAGCUCCCCGAGCCGCCGCUGCCGCUGGGCGCCCUCCUGCACGCCCUCGAGCCGAGGCAGGUCCUCUCCCUCUUCCGGGGCGCUCUCUUCGAGCACCGCGUCCUCUUCGUCGCCUCCAACCUCUCGCAGCUCACCGCCGCCGCCGAGGCACUCCUCUCGCUGCUGUGGCCGCUGCGGUGGCAGGGCAUCUACAUCCCGCUGCUGCCAGGCUUGCUCGUGGAGGUGCUACAGUCGCCCGUCCCUUUCGUCAUCGGCAUCCACGCCUCCACCUUCGCCUCGGCCUGCCGCGCGCUGCCGCCGGUGCUGCCGCCCGAUGCCUUCGUCGCAAACUUGGACGAGGGCACGCUCCUCGUCCCGCCGCUCGACGAGCAGCUGCCGCCGCUCCCGCACUCCACCGUGCUGCUCGCGGCGCUGGAGACCUUCCGCUCGCGCCCCGACGAGCAGUACACGGCGCCGCGUCCGCAAAGCCGCGCGGGCGGCGGCGGGAGCGGCGCAGGCGGCGGCGGCGGAGGCGGAGGCGGCGGCGGAUGCGCUGGUGGUGGUAGCGGCGGCGGCGGCGGCGGCGGCGGCGGCGGCGGCGGCGACAAUGGGGCCGGCGGGAGCGGCGGCCUCUCCCUUACCAGCUGCAUUCCGGCGGAGCUGCUCGCGCCGGACGCCGCCUUCCCGGUGCGGAGUGAGGACGCGGAGGGGAGCGACGCGGUCGCGGUCGCGCAGCGCGCGGUCGUGCGGCAGACCUUCGCCUCUUUCUUUGCGCACUGCCUGCGCGGCUACCAAGAGGCGCUCGUCCUACGGCCGCCCUCGAGCGCGCGCGGGCUUCGCAGGCUGAUCGACGUCCCUUCGCUCGUCGCGGGGCGGAGCGCCGCCGAGGCUGCGCUGCUGCGUCGGCUUGCCGAGACGCAGUCGUUCACUUCGCUCAUCGAGCAGCGAACCUCCCUCUCGUCGCGCAACGGCGAGCUGCUCCUCUUCGACCACCUGGCGGACCGCUGCCUCUCCGCGCCGCCGACGGCGCGCGACCUGUCCACUCUGCCGGCGCUGCCGCCGCCGCCGCCGCGCAGCCGCGUCUACCAGGUGCCGCCGCCGUACUCGCUCGGCGGCGGCGCCACUUGCGGCCCCCACGAGCGGGAGAGCUCCGGCCUGCACCGCCUCUGGGACUCGCCCGCGCCGGCAGAGGCGGCGGCGACACCCGCGCCGCCGGCCGCCGACUGCCCGGACUCCGCCGGAAUCCCGAGGACGGCGUCGGCGCCGCAGACGCCGGACCGGGCGUCGACCCGGCCGGCGGCGGAGGCGGUCUCCCGCCACUCCAGAUCGCAGUCUCAGCCGGUUCGCUUCAACUGGCGCACCCCCGGCGGGGAGGGCACGGGGGGCGUGCGCUCGGGGCAACGGCGUGCCUCGGGCGAUCCGAAGCCAGCGGCCGCCGGCCGCGCCGACAGCCCGCAGCGCGCGAGCGAGGCGCCGACUGCGUCGAGGCGCGUCGCGGUGGCGGUUGUCGCCGAGGCGGCGGCGGCGGCGGCGCGCGAGAAGGAGGCGCGCUCCGCGCCCAAGCGGUGGCCUUGGGGCAGCGGCCGGCUGGAGCCGGCGGCGCCGUCGCGGACGGGAUCGGCGACGGCGAGCCAGGUGACGCCAGCAGAGUGGGCGCGGCGCGUGGCUGGCGAGUUGCACGCCGCGUUCGUCGCGAUCUACUCGCUGACGGUCGAGCUGCAGCCACACCCGGAGGCCGCCGUGGCGGCCGCUGUCGGCUGCUUGCGCCGGCUGCACGCCGCGAACGUGUCGCCGCCGCAGUCGGCCCAGCACGCGCUGCUGCAGGCGUGCACUCCCGCGGGAAGCUCUCCACCCCUCCCUGCCUUCACGCCGGCGUGCAUCCGCGCCAGGCUCGGGAUGCUGCCGCUGCUGCCGCACUUUCGGCUGCGGCAACCGGGUGAGGCGGCGCCAGGAGGCCUCGACCUCGUCCACUGCAGCGAGGAGGCGGCGGCGCGCUCCCCCGCCGGCGCGGGCUCGGCCGGAGCGAGCGGCGCGGGAGGGGGCAGAGGCGCAGGCGGCGAGGGCGACGGCGAGGGCGGCGAGGGCGGCGGCGAGGGCGGCGGCGAGGGCGGCGGAGGCGGAGGCGGCGGCGGCGGCGGAGGUGGAGGCGGUGGGGAAGGAGGAGGAUGCGGCGGCGGCUCGGCGGCGGCCGCCGAGGCGGGUGAGGAGGACGUCGGCGUCGAUUUUGAGGGAUGGCUGAGCGCGUCGGGCCACUUGCGGACGGGGGUCGACCUGUGGGCCGAGGUGGCGGAGCGGCGGGGAAGUCAGCCAGAGCUGUUGCUGCUGCGGCGGGCGUCCACCGACUCGAACGAUCUGUCGGAGACGCUGACGGCCGGCUCGGAGGCGCCCUACGAGGUGGAGAUCUCCCUGUAG